CAAAGCCCCAAUUAUCCUGUAUUUGCUUUUCGUUCCAGUUCAGGUUGAGCCCUAAUAAGGGGAAGAAGACCAGUCCCCGGUCCUCACCAACUUUUUCUGUUCUGAUGGUAGAGAGUUUUAUUUGAUAGAAAGAAAUAAAAAACAGUUGAGAUAAUUUCUGAUUUAGUCGCCACAAUGACUUCUGCAAAGAAAAAUUACAAGGAAAAAGUUGUUCGUCGCAAAGAAGAGAAAGCAGCAGAACAGCCUGAACUUCCAAAAUAUAGAGACCGAGCAAAAGAGCGUAGGGAGGAUCAAAACCCAGAUUAUGAAGCUACUGAAUUGGGCUCAUUUCACGCCGUUGCUCCACCUGGAACUGUCGAUCUUGGGCCAGCUGAGGCACAAAAGUUUUCCAUAGAGAAGAGCAAGUACCUCGGAGGUGAUGUGGAGCAUACUCACCUGGUGAAAGGAUUGGAUUAUGCUUUACUUAAUAAAAUUCGGAGUGAAAUCGACAAGAAGCCAGAUUCUGGUGAGGAAAGUGAUGGAAAACAACCUAGGGCAUCCAAGGAAGAUCAACAGUUGUUGUUUCGCACUGCGACUGCAAAGUCUGUUUAUCAAUGGAUAGUGAAGCCCCAAACUGUUAUCAAGUCAAAUGAAAUGUUCCUUCCCGGUAGAAUGGCUUUUAUUUUUAACAUGGAAAAUGGAUAUUCUCAUGACAUUCCGACUACGGUGCAUAGGAGUAGAGCUGACUGUCCACAGCCUGAGGAAAUGGUUACUGUCAGUGUAGAUGGUUCUGUGCUUGAUCGAAUUUCUAAAAUCAUGUCAUAUUUACGUCUUGGAUCUUCUGGGAAGGUUCUCAAAAAGAAAAAGAAGGAUAGAGAUGUAAAAGGAAAGAUAUCUGCUCUGGCUCAUGAAUAUGAUGAAGAUGAUAAGCACUCAAAGCCUGAUAGUGGGUUUUCAAAGAUUCAAACUGAACGAGAGAUCCUGCCACCCCCUCCUCCUCUUCCUCCUAGGAAAAAUCAUGUGGAUUCCAGAGAGAACCAAGGCCCAACUGUUGCUACUGCUAGAGCAGAAGAAGAGGACAUCUUUGUCGGUGAAGGUGUGGAGUAUGACAUUCCCGGUAAAGAUGGGAGCCAAAGCCCUGUGUCAGAGGAUAUGGAAGAGUCUCCACGAAAUAAGGAGAAAGUUUCCUAUUUUACAGAACCUGUUUAUGGUCCAGUCCAACCGCCUGCACUACCUCAAGAAUGGCAAGAAACAACUGGGUAUGAUGCAAUGCAAACUCAAGCAUUGGCUGGUUCCUAUCAGGGAGACUGGCAGGAGUACCAAUACGCUGAACAACUAGCUUAUCCUGAUCAGUAUAUCCAGCCAAACAUGCAGGCUUAUGAUCUGCAAGCAGAAGAAAACAAUGUUCUGCAAGAUCCACGUUUUAUGACCCAAGAAGAGAAGGACCGGGGUUUGGGCUCUGUGUUUAAGCGGGAUGAUCAGAGACUUCAACAAUUGAGGGAAAGAGAUGCUCGGGAAAAGGAUCCUAAUUUUAUUUCUGAGAGUUAUUCUGAAUGUUACCCUGGUUAUCAGGAGUAUAAUCGUGAGGUUGUGGACAGUGAUGAUGAAGAUGACUUAUCAAAAAUGGACAUGGGUGGACGGGCAAAAGGUCGGCUCCAUCGGUGGGACUUUGAGACAGAAGAGGAGUGGGCAACAUACAAUGAGCAGAAGGAAGCCAUGCCAAAAGCUGCUUUCCAAUUUGGUGUUAAAAUGCAAGAUGGUCGGAAGACGCGGAAGCAGAAUAAGGACCAGAAACUCACUAAUGAGCUUCACAAGAUCAACAAGAUACUUGCCAGAAAAAAGAAUGACAAGGAGAAUGAUGAUGGUGGUCACUAUGAUGAUGAUUUACAACCAGGAAAGAAACUUAGGGUAUGAGAUUGGAAGCUCCCUGACACUUUUGUAAAAUUUUAUGGGGACUUCUCUCAGUUGUACUUUUUUGGUUGACGGUGCACUUAAUUUGAUAGGCAAACAAGAUUAAUUCAAUGUUGUUCUUCUUUAA